AUGAGGUUCUGUCAAAUCGUUACCAUCUUCGGCUUCGUCGCCGUCAGUGUUGCCCAUGAGCUUCCGCCAUCCCCCACCGCCUCCGUUGGAUGCGAACCUCAUGACGACCACUGGCGCUGUGACGGCCCGCGCACCACCCCUCUGCCGGGACUGUCUUUAACUGUCAGCCCCAGUGGGAUGACCACUCGACCCCCGGCCGCGAGCACAACUGCCACCUCUAGCCGCGACCAUGACCAUGACGACGACGGCGACGACGACGAUGAUGACGACGACCACCACAGUGGCACCAAAACGCUCCCCCCGUCGCCCACCGCAUCCGUCGGCUGCCAGCCCCACGGCGACCACUGGCAUUGCGACGGCCCCAAGACGGGCAGCGCUGCCGCCGGCGCCACCACCACCACCACUACUAAUGGCACCACCACCCCAAGGCCUUCUGGUAGCGCUGCCUCUUCGACUCCUACCCCUGCCGGUGCUGCACGUGCUGGCUUUGGUGCCGCGGCCAUUGCUGCUGCCGGUGCGGUUCUGAUCCUCUAA